CUCUGUCUGACGUCACUUCCUGUUCAAGGACGACAGAGGGCGCGUUGCGAGCUCGGAGCGAAAUGGACGGACAGGCCACACGGAGAUAAAAAAAAAGAAAAAGCUGCGCCGAAAACUUCUCCCUUCCUUGUCCGCUCCGCACAACCAACCCCGACCGGAAGUCUGGAAAUGCUCGGGAGCCAAAUCUCUGCGUUUGGUGAGUGAGGUGUGCAUCCUCCACCAUGGCAGGCGACCUCUACUGCCCCCCAUCCCCACUUGGGGACUCCCUCCUGGACAGCCCCCUCUGUGCAGACCUCAUGGAGGAUCUUUGUGACAUCUCCCAGUCCAUCGGGGAAGACACGAUAGGGUUUGAUUUCCCGGAGUACCAGAGUCCAGGUUCCGGGUCCGAGAGCUCCAAUGCACCUGACACCUUGACUCCAGCCUCCAGCCCGUCACCGGGGUGUUGCGGAGCUGCGCCAGAGCCCAGCGAGAGCGCCGGCCCCCUAACCUUGGAGUGCAGGGUGUGCUCGGACAAAGCCUCAGGCUUCCAUUACGGCGUGCACGCGUGCGAGGGCUGCAAGGGUUUCUUCAGGCGAACAAUCCGGCUCAAGUUGGAGUACGAUAAGUGCGCGCGCAACUGCAAAAUCCAGAAGAAGAACCGCAACAAGUGCCAGUACUGCCGCUUCCAUAAGUGCCUCUCUGAGGGAAUGUCACACAACGCCAUCCGCUUUGGACGCAUGCCCCAGGCGGAGAAGAUGAAGCUGAAGGCGGAAAGCAAGAUGGUGGAGAAGAAGAAGGAGGCCAGCCCGUUGCUGUCCGACCACAAGAUCCUGAUCGGGCGGAUCCACGAAGCCUACAUGAAGAACUUCAACAUGAACAAAGCCAAAGCUCGCCUAAUCCUCACCGGAAAGACAAGCAAGCCGCCGUUCGUCAUCCACGACAUGGAGACCUUCCAGCUGGCCGAGAGGACCUUCGCGGCCCACAUGGUGUCUGACAAGUUGGAGCCCGACAGCGACGUCCCAGCAGGAGUUCUGGUGGCGGCGGUGGGAUGCGGCGGGCUCCAGCGGAGGGAGGCCGAGGCUCGCCUCUUCCACUGUUGUCAGAGCACCUCGGUGGAGACGGUCACGGAGCUCACCGAGUUUGCCAAGGCCGUGCCCGGCUUCCAGAACCUGGAUCUGAAUGACCAGGUGACGCUCCUCAAGUACGGCGUCUACGAGGCCCUCUUCACGCUCCUGGCCUCGUGCAUGAACAAAGAUGGCCUCCUGGUGGCGCGCGGUGGCGGCUUCAUCACCCGCGAGUUCCUCAAGAGCCUCCGUCGGCCCUUCAGCGACAUGAUGGAGCCCAAGUUCCAGUUCGCCACGCGCUUCAACGCCUUAGAGCUGGACGACAGCGACCUGGCCCUGUUCGUGGCCGCCAUCAUCUGCUGCGGCGACCGUCCAGGCCUGGUGGACGUCUCCCUGGUGGAGCAGCUCCAGGAAGGCAUCGUGCAAGCCCUGCGGCUCCACCUGGUGGCCAACCACCCAGACGACGCCUUCCUGUUCCCGAGACUGUUGCAAAAACUGGCCGACCUCAGGGAGCUGGUCACCGAGCACGCUCAGUUGGUGCAAGAAAUCGAGACGUCGGAGGACACCUCGCUGCAUCCCCUCUUGCAGGAAAUCUACAGGGACAUGUACUAACUUCAAUAUCACUACUGAGUACACUUUUACUCAUACUGCACAAGAAAACUUUGUUUUAGGGAAAACUACUGUACUGUGAAAAGGGGGCCAUAUUUUACAUUGGAGACAGACUAAAGCAAUCAUAUGUAAAAUUAAAUAUAUAUAUAUAUAUAUAUAUAUUGCCUGAAUAGUAUAGUGGCCAGGUGGUGUCAAACUUAUGUUACCUUGUAUAUUAUUUAAAAAAUGUGUGCUAUUUUUUUUUGCAUUUGAACAACCCUGCAUGAUGAUUGAAAUGUGACUUCUCAAACUACAAAUGAGUCUUUCAUAAAUAAAAUACAAAAUACUGACUGCA